GGAGAGUGUGAACAGCGGCGGCGGAGGAGGAGCAGCAGUCGGGCGGUCGUGAAAGCUCCUCGCGAUGGCUCGCACCAAGCAAACCGCUCGCAAAUCCACCGGAGGCAAAGCCCCGCGCAAACAGCUGGCGACCAAAGCGGCGCGCAAGAGUGCCCCCUCGACCGGGGGCGUCAAGAAGCCUCAUCGUUACAGACCCGGCACUGUGGCUCUGCGCGAGAUCCGACGGUACCAGAAAUCCACCGAGUUGCUGAUCCGGAAGCUUCCGUUCCAGCGCCUGGUGCGCGAGAUCGCGCAGGAUUUCAAGACGGACUUGAGGUUCCAGAGUGCUGCCAUCGGGGCUCUGCAGGAAGCCAGUGAGGCCUACCUGGUGGGUCUCUUUGAAGAUACCAACUUGUGUGCCAUCCACGCCAAGCGAGUCACAAUCAUGCCCAAGGACAUCCAAUUGGCGCGUCGAAUCCGUGGGGAACGAGCUUAGAGCGAAACAGCCGGCCAGCGGGGAACAACAACAUCUCUCCUGAUAUUCUCUAUUAUUAUUAUAUUAUUAUUAUUAUUAUUUUAGCCCCCCCCCCCUCACCACACAAAAAAAAGGCUUAUCGUUUGCCCUAUUUCUUACCCGUUAGCAAAUGGUAACACGAAUCGUACAUAAUAAUCGGGGUCGACCAGGGAGAGGUUUUUUAGAUCGUUCUCCGUGUGUGUGUGUGUGUAUAUAGCGGAAAAGAACGCGAUUUUUUUGUUGCU